UUCUCCAAAAAAAAUAUAAUGUAUAUAUUAGAAAAAGUUGAAUCAGUAUUGUAAAGAAGGUUGUUUUUGUUGAGCUCUCUGCAAAAACAUGAGUGGUGUACCCAGGGCACGAGAAUUACUUCAAAAGGUGAAGGACAAGAUGGAAGCAAGUUCCAUGAGCCUCAAAAUGCCAUUUAUUGUGUGUUUGAUAAUUUUCCCUAUAGUAAUCAUGGUUACUUUAAUGUACCAAAAUGCUAGUUUUGGGCUAUUUGAGGGGUUUUCAAAAGGCAUGGCUUAUAAGAAUGUUACAACUAGUGACAUUGGAUUGGGACAAAAUGUAACAUAUGACAACUUUGGAGAAAAAAAGGAGAGUGAUGCCAAUUUGAAAAGCUCAAAAAACAUCUCACCAACAAAUUCAACAAAUGUUUCAACUUCAACCCCACCAAAAGAGACCAUUGAAGACAAAGAAAAACUCCUAGAUGGACUUUUAGUUUCUGGAUUUGAUGAAUCAUCAUGCAUAAGCAGGUCACAAUCUCAUUUAUACCACAAAUCUUCUCCUCACAAACCUUCUCCAUAUUUGAUAUCUAAAAUAAGAAAAUAUGAAGAACUUCAUAGAAGGUGUGGACCAAACACUAUAGCAUACAAUGAAGACAUGAAAAUUAUUGCAAACUCAAACAAUGCUACAAAUGUUGGAACAACAACAUGCAAGUAUGUUAUUUGGGUACCUGCAAACGGUUUAGGUAACCAAAUAAUUAGCAUGGUUUCAACAUUUCUUUACGCUAUCCUAACAGACCGCAUUAUGCUGGUAAAAUUUGGAAAAGACAAAGAUGGUUUAUUCUGUGAACCAUUUUUGAAUUCGUCUUGGUUAUUGCCAAAAGAUUCACCAUUUUGGAAUGUAGAAAAUGUUCCAACAUAUCAAAGCAUGCUAGAGAAGGAAUGGUCUAAUUCAUCAAAUGAAGAUAUUCCUUCAUCUAUGUUUGUUGACCUAAGAUAUAGUCCAAAUUUUGAAGAGAGGUUUUUUCACUGUGAUGAUAGUCAAUAUUUUCUAAGUGAAAUUCCUCUCUUAUUUUUUGAAUCUGGUCAAUAUUUUGUACCUUCAUUUUUCAUGACACCAAUUUUCAAUAAAGAGUUAAAUAAAAUGUUUCCAGAAAUAACCCCAGUUUUUCACCAUUUGGGGAGAUACCUAUUUCACCCUUCAAAUGAAGCAUGGGGACAUAUCACAAGGUUCUAUCAACAACACUUUGAAAAAGCAAAUGAGAGAAUUGGACUUCAAAUAAGGGUUUUUGAUCCUAAUUCAACUCCACAUGAAAUUGUUAUGGAACAACUUUUGAAUUGCACACUAGAAAAUAAGAUACUUCCAAACGUAUUUAGCAUGAAAAAUUCAUCAUUGUCAUCUAGUGACAAAAAAGGGACCAUUAAAAAGGUUGUUCUUGUGGCAUCUUUAUAUCCACAAUAUGGUGAAGCUUUAAAGACAAUGUAUAUAAAUAAAUCAACUAUUAAAGGGGAAGUAAUAGAAAUUUUCCAACCAAGUGGUGAAGAGCAACAAAAAUUUAAUGAUAAUAAACAUAAUAUGAAGGCUUGGGUUGAUAUGUAUUUACUAAGUUUAACCGAUGUAUUGGUGACAACAUAUCAAUCAACUUUUGGUUAUGUUGCUAAGGCUUUGGGAAAUACAAGACCAUGGAUUCUUUACCAUCCAAUAACUCAUAAUAAUAAUAAAGAGAUUUGUGAUCGUGAGUUUAAUUUGGAGCCUUGUUAUCAUUAUCCUCCUUACCAUUAUUGUGAUGUUGAUGGAAAGGUUAUAGAAAAUUUUGCUCCUUCUUUUCCUUAUGUUAGACAUUGUAAGGAUUACCCUUAUGGUAUCAAGCUGACUAAUGGUUCUAUUUAGUUGUAAUUGUAUCAUGGUUAAUUAUAUAUGCUUCUUCCUUUUUGGUAAUAAUAAAGUGUUACUUUUAAUAAUAGUAUGUGAUUGUAUUAAGGGUCUCAUGAACAAACUUUUGUAUAGCUUAUAGCAUAUAAGUUUGUACGACCAAAAUAUUGUUGUUUGCUAUUUUUAAUAAUAGUGUGU